CAUCUUCACAUCAUACCAAUCUUUAGUGGACAAGUCCUGAAUUCCUCACAAUUCACAAGCUUAGCUUUGUUUACCAUCAAACAUGGUUAAAACCUCGCCAAAGCAGAAGCCCCCAAACAGCUUACAGAAGAAAUCACCAGAGUUCAAGGGAGUACGCCGGAGAAAAUGGGGGAAAUGGGUUUCAGAAGUGAGAAUGCCCAAAUCCCGAGCCAGAAUUUGGUUGGGAUCUUAUGAUACCCCUCAACAGGCCGCUAGGGCUUACGACUGUGCUGUUUACUGCCUCAGAGGAUCCCAAGCCAAGUUUAAUUUUCCCGACUCUCUACCGGAAAUUCCAUCUGCCUCGUCACUAUCUCGCGCACAAAUUCAAGCUGUUGCGGCCAAGUUCGCAAGGGAAGAAAUUCGGCAGGCGCCGGAUAAGUGCUCUGCAUUUUCUGGUCCCGAAUCGGUGUGUUUUACGGGCAGCCUCACGGUUUUGGAGGAGCAGGAGUGGAUGAAGUUGUUUGAGUCCCUUCUUCAGGAUAUUGAGAGAAACCCGUCCCUAAAGUUUGAGGAUUUCCCUGUGAUACAGAAUGGUGAUUUUCUUCCGGUAGAGGAAGAACAGGGGUGGAACACAAAUUUGAAAGUCACGUCAAGUGACGAAAUGUGAUCAGGAGGAGGGACUGUUUAACCGCUUCUCAACACUGGAAUUCUUCAUUCUUUUCUGUAUACAUUAAAAUUGGUUUUGCCAUUACUUCUAAUUCAUCUGAAAAUAUUUGAAUAUAGUGGAA